UCUCUCUCUCUCUCUCUCUCUUCGUCGCUCACUCUAAUACGAGUUUUCGAAUUAGGGUUUGGGUUUUCUGUUAGCUGCAUGUCAGGGCUUCGUCCACCAGGGGUCGAUUAGGAUUGAAAUUUAUAAUUUUAUUUAUAAUUUUAGGGUUAGGGUUAGGGCUAGGAUUUCGGUGAUGGGAUAUAUGGUUGGUUGUGGGUUGCGGGGUUGUCGGUGAUGACCGGAGGCCGAUGUCACGAGGAGAAGAAGAUGAUGGGUAGGGGUGCGGACGGAGGUUGCGGCACGGAGGAGAGGCCAUGCCCAAUUUCUAGGGUUCCGCCUAAAAUUCAGCCGACCCAACCGGAAAUUCCCGAGAAGUCUAGCUCUUUGAGAAUUGAUUUUUACUCGCAGGCCAAGAAGGCUUUGUGUGAGCGCUCUCCGUAUGAUGUUACCGAUGAUGGUUCAGCUUCGAGUGUGCCCACCACCUUGCCUAGGAGCUUGGCUAGCUUCUUGUCGAGGCAGUCUGAUAAUCGGAAACGGCACAAGAAGUCGCAUGCCGGUGCUGAAAAGAAGAGUUCUCGGCAGAGCGAGAGGUCGCGGGGUUCGAACAUAUGGGCGGAGACUGAGGACUACUUUAGACCCUUGACAUUGCCUGAUAUUGACACCUUGUGUCAGGUGUCUGAGCUUAGUAAUUUAGCUGCUCGCAAGUGUUUUUUGAUUCCGGUUUUGGGAAAUGGUCCGAGGGUGAAUGCAUAUGAAAACGUCAAAGCAAAUGGGAUUUUUGUAAGUGAGGAGAAUGCAAAUGCUGGUAAUUCAAAUAGUGUUGCUGUCAAGGAUGAGAGUAUAAAUGGCGGGAAUGCUAAUGAUGCUGUUGUCAAGGAGGACAAUGCAAAUGUUGGGAAUGCUAAUGAGGUUGUCGUCAAGGCUGAAAGUGCAAAUGAUAGGAAUGCCAUUUCUGUUGCAGUUAGAAACGUGAAUGAGAAUGGUGGAAAUGAAAAUGGAGUCGUUGAAGAUGAGGUCAAGAGGGUCAAGGAUGAGCAUUCCAUGGAAAUUGAUAGUGUGGGAGCUUCUGGGUUGCCUGAGGGGGAAAAGGGUAGUUCGAUUUCAGAUUCUCCUUAUGGUCUUGAGUGGCUUUUAGGAUAUAGGAAUAAGAUUGCUUUAACAUCAGAGCGCCCUUCAAAGAAACGGAAGGUUCUGGGUGUUGAUGCAGGGUUGGAGAAGGUCUUAAUUGGUUCCCCUUGUGAUGGGAAUUCAUCUUUAUGCCAUUUCUGCUGCAUGGGCGAUGCAGGUAAAGAAUCAAACCGAUUGAUUGUUUGUCGUUCUUGUAAGGUUGGAGUUCAUCGGAAGUGCUAUGGAGUGGUAGAGGAUGUAGAUGCAUCAUGGGUAUGCUCAUGGUGUAAGCAGAAGACUGAUACUAGUAAUUCAGUAAAGCCUUGUGCGCUUUGUCCAAAGCAGGGUGGGGCUUUAAAGCCAGUUCUUAAGAGUAUUGAAAAUGGUGGAUCCGUGGAGUUUGCUCACUUGUUUUGUUGUCAGUGGAUGCCUGAGGUUUAUAUAGAGGACUUAGUGAAGAUGGAGCCCAUACUAAAUGUUGGAGGCGUGAAUGAAACCCGCAGAAAGUUAAUAUGUAAUGUAUGCAAGGUGAAGUGGGGCGCAUGUGUUCGAUGCAGUCAUGGAACUUGCAGAACUUCAUUCCAUCCAUUAUGUGCGAGGGAGGCAAAACAAAGAAUGGAAAUUUGGGGAAAAUAUGGGUGUGAUAAUGUUGAAUUGAGGGCCUUCUGUCCAAAGCACUCAGAAGUACCUGAUAACAGAAACAUUCAAUUAGUAGAUCCCCCUGUCUCUACUGACGGGAAUGCAAAUGUCUCCAACCAUUUACCCGUGGCGUUGUCAGAGAGCAAAUUAAACAAGUUAAGGGUUGGCCGUAGAAAUGGUGAUAAAAUUGCAGUCGCUAUUGAGGCUCCAGAUAUUAGUUCUGAGAAAUUGGGUGAUUGUGAAUCACAGGAGAUAGUGUUUCCUAGUUCAAGAUUAAAUGCUAGACUUCAGUCGGAUUGUAGUGAUGCAGAGCCAAUUAUUGAUGCAGGGUCAUUUGAGAGGAGCAGUGAGGAUGUUAAUGCAUCCAGCUCCCAUAAUUUUUCUCUGAUUUUAAAGAAGCUGAUUGAUUGUGGAAAAGUUAAUGUGAAGGAUGUGGCAUCAGACAUUGGCCUUUCACCUGAUUCUUUAGCUGCAUCACUUGCUGAUGAUAGCAUGUUCCCUGAUGUGCAAUGCAGAAUAGUUAAAUGGCUUAAAGACCAUUCUAACUUGGACUUAAGGCAGAAAAAUGGGAAAAUGAAAUUAAGAUCAGCAAUUUCAUCCAUGGCUGAAUAUGGGGGUUCUGAUGGUUCUGAUGCUGCAUCUUUAUCAGAGUCUGAUAUGACAGAUGUAGCUGUUAAGUCAGUACCCCCACGGAGAAGAACCAAAAGUAGUUUUAGGAUUUUGAAGGACAACAAAGUAAUAAGCUCAUCUGAGGGGAUCUUUUGUGACAAUGGCACUUUGAACAAGAAUAAGGUAGAUCAAAUGAUCACUGAUGAACAAGAAAAUUCAAGUAAAGUCUCCAUCCCUGAUCCCGUUGAGAAGAAUUUGACGGAGGCUGAUGGGUUUCAGCAUUCUUUGCCGACGCUUACACCUAAAUCAGAAGGUAAUUCAGCUAAACCCUUAAAUUGCAGCAUUCUGCAAAAGGGUCAAGAACAGCUGGCUACUAUUCCUUUGCAGAGUACCUCAGUGAUCGUAAAUGAAGAUCAGUCGUUUUCAGUUGCAAAACCAGUUGAUCCUGAAGUCAAUAAAUCUGAGCCAGAAGUUCCUAGUUGUUAUGUCCAUCCGUAUAUUGAAAAGAAAUUGUUUGAGAUGCAGAAUGGGGAAAAUCCAAUAUAUGGUUCAAGCGAGGGAGAAAUUUCUCGUUUGGAGGCAUCUUCCCAUGCCAGUGUUUGCUGUAAUCACCAAUAUAAGCAUCCAAAAUGCUGUGAUAAUAUUUGUAAAUCUGAUGAGGUAAAUUUAGAAGAGUUGGUUAAGGCUCGAAAAAUGGGAGCUCGAGAACCGUCUCCAGAAGAUGAAGUGGAAGGAGAACUCAUUUAUUACCAGAAUAGGUUGCUCAGCAAUGUAGUUUCGAGAAAGCAUUUUACUGAUAUUUUAAUAUAUAAUGUUGUUAAGACUCUUCCAUGGGAACUUGAUGCUGUACGGAGGCAAAAAUGGGAUGCUGUGCUUGUUAAUCAGUAUCUUUGUGAGCUUAGAGAGGCAAAGAAGCAGGGUAGGAAGGAGAGACGGCAUAAAGAAGCACAGGCUGUGCUUGCAGCUGCAACUGCUGCUGCUGCAGCCUCUUCUAGGAUUUCAUCAUUUAGGAAAGAUGUCCUUGAUGAAUCUUCCCAUCAGGAGAAUGUGAUGAAGUUGAAUACUUCUAGUGGGAGGUCUGGCUUUUCCUCACAGCUGAUGCAUCGGGCGAAAGAGACAUUUCCGAGGGUGGCUGUCCCUAGGAUUUCUGUGGAAAAACACACUGGUUUUGUUCAUUCUGUUGCAGAUUUUUCUAAAGAACAUCCUAGAUCUUGUGACAUCUGCAGACGUUCUGAGACAUUGUUAAACCCGAUCUUAGUCUGUUCCAGUUGCAAGGUUGCCAUUCACUUGGAUUGCUAUCGUAGUGUUAGAGAAUCUACAGGUCCGUGGUACUGUGAAUUAUGUGAAGAACUAUCAUCAUCUAGAAGCUCUGGAGCUCCUGUCAAUUUUUGGGAGAAAGAUCAUUUUGCUGCAGAAUGUGGUUUAUGUGGUGGCAAAACUGGGGCUUUUAGAAAAUCUUCUGAUGGUCAGUGGGUGCAUGCCUUCUGUGCUGAGUGGAUCUUUGAAUCAACAUUCAAAAGGGGGCAAGUAUCUCCCGUUGAGGGAAUGGAGACGAUUUCUAAGGGGAUUGAUUUUUGUUAUAUCUGCCGACGCAAAUUUGGUGUUUGCAUAAAGUGCAACUAUGGUAACUGUCAGGCAACAUUUCACCCUUCAUGUGCUAGAAGUUCUGGUUUUUACAUGCAUGUGAAAACUUUGGGCGGAAAGAUUCAACACAAGGGGUACUGUGAAAAGCACAGCGUUGAGCAGAGGGCGAAGGCUGAAACACAAAAACAUGGAACUGAGGACUUGGAGAACCUCAGGAAAAUUAGGGUUGAACUAGAGAGGGUACGCCUUCUUUGCGAAAGAAUCAUCAAACGAGAAAAAGUAAAGCGGGAACUGCUCAUUUGUUCACAUAAUCUUCUUGCUGUGAGGAGAGAUCAUGUUGCUCGAUCCGUGCUGGUUCAUAGUCCUUUCUUGCUACCUGAUGUUAGUUCUGAAUCAGCUACAACAUCUCUUAAAGGACAUACAGAUGGUUACAAAUCAUGCAGUGAGGCAUUUCAAAAAUCAGAUGAUGUGACUGUGGACAGUACAAUUUCCGAAAAGCGACGGACCAGAGUUCUGAUAACUAUCGACAAUGAUCAAAGGACAGAUGAUGACAGCUCCACAUCCCAAGAUCAUUUUACUCCAAAGCUCACAGAGAGGGCACAAUUUUCUGAGAAACAGAUUCCUUGUAGACCUUCUACUGCUGCAAAUUGUAAUAUUUCGGAAGACGGGGGAUGGAGGUCAAAAUCUAGGAAGCAUGCUGAGACAUUUGAGAAAGAACUGGUAAUGACUUCAGAUCAAGCGUCGAUGAAAAAUAUGCUAUUACCCAAGGGAUAUGCAUAUGUCCCUGCGGAUUGCAUUCCAAAUGAAAAGCAGAUCAACCAGGAUGCUUGUUCUGGUGAACCCCCAGAAGGAGAUGGGUAGUGUGGUGCAACUUUUGGUUUGUGUUUGAUCUGUCCUUUCGGAGCACAAAAGGACCACAAUGCGAGUAUUCUCUGCCCACCAUCCCAGACAUCACAGCCGUCCCUGGAAACCGCCACGUUUAUCAGUUUCAAAGGGAAAUGGCCGAGUGAAAGAUGGAGGCUAGGCUCUUGCCGAUGUAUUCAUAGUAAGGAAGCCACAUUUUGGGUAGGGAUGUGAAGUUUUGGUGUCAUUGUUGUAUAUUCUUGUGAGAAUUCGACUGUACAGUGGGUGAGGGUUUAUUCCUUUUACGUGUAUUAGAAGAAGGCAUAUGGAUUUUAUAUCUUGAUGCCUGCCUUUGGGUUCGCGGAGUAAAGAGAAUCUCCUGCUUGUAAACCGCGUACAAGAAAUUAAAGCGUAUCACCCACUGCCCAUGCCCUGUAAAGUUAUUGUAUAUAUCCUUACAAUACCAAUCCUCAAAUACCAACCCUCAAAUGCAUCAGAUUAAUCGAUCGUUUUAUAUUCGAACGAUCCAUGAUCCACAAAGUUGUUCUU